GUUAGCAGUUGUCCUCCCAGAGAUGGUGGGGAAGGAACAGGGUGCAUUCGUGAGAGGGAGGUCUAUUUUUGAGAACAUUUUGACCGCAAUCCAAGUAAUAGAAGAGGUGGAAGCAGGGGAUAGGGAGAUGGCAGUCUUACUACUAGAUCUCGAGAAGGCGUGCGAUAGAGUUAACUGGGCCUUCGUAAUGACUACGUUGAGACAGAUGGGUUUUGGAGACUGCUUCUGUAGGUGGGUCAAAAUCUUAUAUUCCUACUCGACGGCAGCAGUAAUGGUCAAUGGUCGCUGCUCUGACGAAUUCACCCUCUCGAGGUCUCUUAGACAGGGGUGCCCGAUCGCUCCCCUGCUGUUCGUGCUCCAGAGGGAGGUGCUGAUCAACAGCAUUAGGAUGAACACGUCAAUCAAAGGGUUGAAAAUAGCACCUGAUAAGGAGUGUCGCGUCAAAGCACUGGCGGAUGACCUGUUCGCGGUUUGUGAGAACAGGAGAGACUCGUUGGAAGCACUAAAAAGAUGCCUGGCUAUCUAUGCAGAGUAUUCAGAGGCGGCAGUAAACUGGGAAAAAUCAGUUUUUUUCCUCCCAGCGGCACAGCAACUGCAGGUAAACUGGGGAACGAACAGGGUCGAAGCGGGCAAAGCGGAACGUUUCUUAGGGAUAAUGGUUGCACUGGAUGACUGCUCUUCCUCACAAGGGUUAAUCCUACAAGAGAGAGUGAAGAGCAGAAUCACGGAGUGGGGGGAAGCUAGACACCUAUCUCUGAUUGGUAGGGCAUUGGCCAUCAAUGUAUCAGCGUUUGCCCUGCUCUGGUUCGUGGCUAAAGUGAGGAACAUCCCCGCCGAGGCUUUGAAGGAGAUCAAGCGUGUAGCGAGGGUUUUUCUGUGGAAACCGUAUGCCAAACCAGGGGAGGGGUGUAUCGCGAAGGUGGCAUGGGAGACUCUCUGUCUUUCAAGAGAGGAAGGGGGACUGGGCCUCAUUGAUCCACAGACGCAGAACCGGAUUCUGCUGUGCCAAUGGAUCCUUAAAGCAAUAGAAACGGAUCAAGAAGCGGACUGGGUUCUGCUGGCGGAGGGGAUUCUGAAGAGGGAAUGGGGACUGGAUAGGAGUGAAGAUGUAUGGAUAGCAAUCACGACGGAGGCAUUCAUGGGGAAAAGGAUCAAAUCAAGAUUGUGGAAAGAGAUUCUCCAAGCAUGGAGAGUACUGAGACCGAAUCUCAGAGUCCCUCCAAUCUCCAAACAACAGAUCUUGGCACAACAUUUAUUCGAUAAUCCAAGGAUCAGACCUCUGGAAGGCAUCAGCCUUAGUGCAAAAAAAGGGCAGGGACGUUUCGGGUACAAGUGGAUACAGAGGGGUGUUGCAACAAUACAUGAUAUCUGGGAUGAAGAAACUAAUCAGUGGAAAACUGCAAAUGAGCUGAAGGGAAAACUAGGACAGCUGCCGGAACAGGAGGAGAGGCUGUGGAAUAUCAAGGAAGCAGUACCCCAGGAAUGGAAGCAACUCCUGGGACCAAGCGGAGUAAGCCCGCCUGGGACCUGGUACUGUGCCGAAGACCCGGAGAAUUGACGUUUCUACAAACUCGAGGAAUGGGAUGAAGAAAGGGAGGGUAAAUGCGUUUUGCAGGUGUUUGAGAGGGAAAACCUGGAAUCCACGAAGC